AUGAAUAAAAUUAAAGAUUCCGAUAUCUCAAUACAGCUUGCAAAGGAAAUUUUUCAGGAGAUGUUUCAGAAACAACAAAAGGACAUUUUGAAAUUGAUAAGUGGAAACUUAAAAAUUACUAAUGAACGAAUCGACGGAUUACAAAAAGACAUUACUUUGAUUAAAGCCACUUGCGAAUCAUUAAAAAAAGAAAACGAAAAGAGAAAAGUCAACCAAGCAAAGUCAAACAAUCAGUUACUGAAUUACGAAAAAGUUUUAAAGGACAUUGAGGAAAGUCUAUCGUUCCAUCAAGAUAAUCACGAUAAAAAGGUUAGUGACUUAGAGAAAAAAAUUUGUUCAAAAUCUAGUUUAGCAAGCAAAGACAAAGAAAAAAUUCGACAGCUGGAAGAUCGGCAAAGAAGAAAUAACUUAAGAUUUGAAAGAAUUGCUGAAAACGAGUCGGAAAGUUGGGAUGAUUCGGAAAUUAAAAUAAUGAAUAUACUUGUAAAUAAUUUAAAUGUAAAUGGAGUAAAAAUAGAAAGAGCACAUCGGACAGGAAAGCGUAAUACAGAAAAGCCAAGAACUAUCGUGAUCAAGUUACUUGAUUAUAAAGAGAAAGUAAAAAAUUCUGAAAAAUGCAAACAAACUUAA